CUUCUUUGUCUUUCAUCCUACUCUUCCAUCUCAUCACUCUACAUUCAACUUCAUCUCUGUACUCUUUUUCAUCCCUGGUCGUGCCUGCUCAUUCCAUACGGCUCCCUCUUCCUUCUGAUACCCUCCCACACUGCUGAAGGUUCCUACUUUCGCUUGAUUCAUUCGCAGAACCCUCCCAAAUUUAGUGGAAAUGGCUCACAAGAUCAUCAUUUCCCUGGCUAUUUGCCUGCUGGCCACUAUCAGCUUUGCAGAAAAAAAUGUUGGGCAUGUGGAUGUUGACCUGGUGUGGGAUGAAUCCGCCAUGGAUGCCUUCGGAAACCCCAAGGCCAACGAAGCCACUGCUUUUAACCACAAACUUGUCUAUCGUCAUACGACUGCCACUGUCACCGUCACCGUCACUGAGACCUACUGUGGACCAAUUCAACCCAGUGUUUCGGAAACCUCUCCUGUCACGUCAAUCCCAGAGGCGUCCCUUGUUCCUGGAACUUCUGUGGGCUCUGUUCCUCCCACUGAGCAAGCCCCGACUUCGGAAAUCCCUAGUCCUCCAACUUCGACUGUUCAGCCCACUUCUUUUUCUUCUUCCGAGGCCCCCAGCACAUCCAGCGAACAUACAGCCACGCUUCCUACUACCUCCUUCGUUUCUGGACACUCUAGCGCAGCCCCAACUAGCACUGUUUCCGUGGCUCCCACUUCCAAUGUUGGCUGCAUGCGUGGCGGAACGAUUAGCGCUGCGCUUGCAUUGGCACUAACAGCUCUUCGGCUUUUCGCUGCGUAGGAUAGGGCCGGUUCCAUUCAUCCCUCGUUCCAAGAGUUGAAGAUACCUAACGACAUCAUACUGUCUACAUCUAGUACGGUUAGUUAUGUUGUUAGUUUCUCACGUUCUACCUCGGAGGAAAACCACAUCAAAAAAAAAUUGUCCUUUUCCUUUUAUGUUUGAUGGGGAUGCAGCCGUGGCUAUACCAUACUGCACCCACUGAUAAUACUCAUGUCUCUAGUCCAAGCGGCUGGUUCCCGUUGACGAAAUUAAUUAAUC